GUGAGUAGUGUUGUUAUAUUUACAUCUUAGGAUUCUACGUAACUUGACCUUUUAUAUUAGCACUAUAGUAAUAGUAGAAUCUUAAGAUUUUUCAUAAAAAUUGAGGGAGAGACUGACAGACUUAAACAUAGAUCAGUGAUGUUAGCAUGGCUGGAUAUAAAGGAAGUACCAAGCCCAAAAGCAAAGAGUUUAAAAAUAGGAGUAACAAAAUUGCAGUUCAAAACACUGAAGAUGCUGAAGAUAUAGAUUACAGUUUACUGAGAAGGCCAUUAACUACAAGUGUAACUGGUUUUGCCCAGGCAAGGAAAGUUUUUGAUUUAGCUACAGAUGAGGUGAGAGAAAUUUUAUCUAAUGAAUGUAAUAUGAUUUAUGAAUGCAAGGUCUGCACUAACUUAUUUAGAAGCCUGGCAAAUUUUAUUUCACACAAACGGGUUUAUUGUGCAGAAAAAUGUUCCUCUAUCUACACUAGUUUUGAGGCCAAUUCUUCAAUAAAAUGCGAGGUUCUAAAAAUAAAACGAUUUGAAGAAAACUAUCAAGAGUUUUUAAAAGAAAAUUUAAACAUAAACACGAUUAAUGCAGAAGAUAAAAGAAUACCAUUAUCACGAGAUCUGACUGCAGUAGUAGAAAAAAUUGCUAUGACCAAGGGGGUGCCAGAAAAAAUUAACCAGCAGAAUGUUGUUUUAGAAAAAAUACCUAAAAGUUCAGUUGCCGUUUAUCAAACUGUACAAGUUGAUAGUAAUGAAGAUGCCAUGUCUACUCAGGUUACUGAAUUGGACAACAUAUUGUCGAAGGAAAAUGCUGUGAUGCAAAGUGAUGGAAACUUUAAAGUACAAAACAAUAGUGAGGAAAUUGAAAAUGUUAUACAAAUAAGUGAUGAUGAAGAUAAUUCUUGCAUGCAAGAAUUAAAAUGUAGACUUUGUGACCAACAGUUUUCAACUCGAAAAACGUUAAAAUUCCAUAUAAAGACAAAACACGAGGCGAGUAGACUCGUCUACCCGUGUCCAGACUGCCUCGAAAUCUUUUCCACAUCAUGGAGCGUCUACAGACAUCUCUUCAAAGUCCAUCGAAAAACUGCUGCGCAAAUUCGAAGAUUGCGAGAGACAAUUCAGUCAAAAGCGUUCCAUAUGAAUAAUCCACCUGCAUCUUACGAGAAACGUAAAGCCAGCGCUAAACCUGUAACCUCACUCAAGAUUACCGACGAAGAAAGAAUGGAACAAGAAAAUCAGGCAUGGAUGGACAAUAUGGAAGGCGACGCAGAACUACCCCGUUGCGGUGGAUGCGGUCGUACUUUUGAGCGUCGAGCAGCGCUCGCGGCCCACACGAAUACGUGCCAGCCACGUUCGAGGGCAUUGGCUAGACGACCUGAUGCUAAGAAGAUUGAAAUACAGAUACGAAAAGACUAUAAUAAGGGAGCAACAGUUAAAGAAAAAACAACAAAUGAAGUUGUACCGCCGGUAUCUAAACCGACACAGCAAAAAGAAGAUACUGAAACACGCAAUGAAACCUUGACUGAAGCUAUAAUGAGUAUUGUAGGAGUUGCUGGACCAGAUGUGGAUGAAGAUUCAUCCAUUGCAAAGCCUGAUUUAAAUAUGGAUGUCAUAAAGCCGGUUCAUAUACUGCCAUUCUGCCAUCAAGCCGAAAAAAGCAAUUUCAAUGUACUUAAAUUAAAAGUGAUGCAGAAUAUAAUACAAGAGGACCUGUCAUGUAAAAAGUGUGAAAACAAAUUUAAAGAGCCAAAUGAGUUAUUCGAUCAUGUAGCUGGUCACUACAAUUGGGUUAGGUACGCGUGUAAACUCUGCAAGUUCAGGCAUUACGAGUACGAAAAAGUCUCAGAUCAUGUGAAAGUCGUUCAUAAAUUGAAAGGAGAUGCUGAGUUUUACUUUAGCACUAUUAAAGCAAUAGACGGCGCGGAGGCCACAGAUAUUUCUGAGCCAAAAGACAUAACUGAGACUAGUCCCAAUUCAAGAAGGCCCAGCCGAUGUUCUAGUGAUUCCAGCAAGUUAUCAGAUGAUAGCUCAUCUAGCAGCACUCCUAUUGAGGUCGGAAGUCGAAAGAGAAAAGUUAAUGCGAUCAGAGCUGCGUCAAAGAAAAAGAAAGCAUUCAUAAAUGAUGAUGGAGAUGGUGACAGUAAAGACAGUGAACCCUCACCACAAAAGGAUUCAAUACAAAUUGAAAAUGAUUCUUCUAAUUCAAUUGGCUUUAAUGAAAACUCUUCAGAUGUAGACGAUUCAGAAGAGAAGUCUAGUAAACGCAUUAAAAUAGACUAUGUUACUUCUAGUAUAUCGCGAAGACCAAUUCGUAAAAGAACUAUACCGAAAAAUAAGGAUUUUGAAUAUGAUUUAUCGAAUUUGCUUAAAAUGCAAAUGCACGGGUACAAAGAAUCCCAAACAAAUAGUAAUAUUAAAUCUGCACAAGCUAAAAAGAAAAGCCAGCAAGACUUUAUCAAUAAUUAUAAUUCCCUUAAUAAAGAUUGUUCUGGUGCAAUGACUACCUUAUCUAGGCAAUCCGUCGCAAAAAACAAGGCACAUAUGAUUACAACCGAUUUUGCAGUAUACAGUAAUAAUAAAGAUCAAAGGAUUUCUAACAUAUUUGUUAGACCAAUGCUACCAAAAAUCGUUCGUGGAGAUAAAAUGUCGCCUUCCAAAGAGCAAACCAUAAAUACGGAAAAAGAAAUUACUAAUAUUAGUUCCAAACCAAUAGAGCCCAAGGAUUUGGUUCAUUGCAGUGAUACAUUAGAUAAACCUAUACAACCAAAACAAAACAGUAUACCCGAAACUCCGGAAAAUAUAAAAACUGAAGAAGAUUGUGAAACCCCAAACAAAAAUGUUAAAGAUGAAACAGAUAAAGAUGGGCCUUCCAAACCAAGUGCGACUGGAUCGGAAAAACCAAGAUCAAGUGUUAAUUUAGUUCCUAUAAAACUCCAUAAACAUGGUCUUGAUCUCAUAAAAAAUCCUUUGAUAAAGAAGAACAUCAGUGACUUUAGUAAGGCUGGUAUGAAAACAAAGAUACUGGUCAUUAAACAUAUAAAUAAAAACGAUGGCACACCGAGUAUUAAGACCCCUUUAAAAAUUAAAAGAAUAAAAAUUAAUGAAACUCAAUCUAUACAAAAUGAAAGCAAAAAAACAGAUUCACUGGUAGUAGUUAAGGUUCCAAGUGCAGAAACUGUGAUACCACCAAUUGGUGUAAGUAAUAAUAAUAACACAUCAGAUAAUGACCAAGAAAUCGAACAAAAUAGUGAUAUCAAAGAGAGGAAUGAAACGCAAGAUACAAACACAAAUAAUGAAAUUGGUAAUGAAGAGAUUUCAUUUAAUAAAAUCUUAAUACCAGAAACUGAUACUAAUGAAGUAACAGUGAAAGAGUAAGAAUUAUGUUAAGAAUACAAAGUGAGAAUGUAACUCACUCGUACGGAAUUAUCUUAUUUAAAUUUAAAGUAUCUUUAAAUUUAUAACAAGUUGGAAAGUGAAUACUUGGUAAUUAUAAUGAGGUUUUAGGUUUAUUACGGGCAAUUAUCAUCGCUGCCAAAAACAUAACCUAUUUACUGUUUACUCUAUUCGUAAAAUACAACGUCAGUAAGCUUCCAUUCCGCGCUUGCUUCCGCAGCUUUAUAGUUUUCUCUACUCUUGGCCGAAAAGCGACCUAUUUGUGAAGCAUAUACUGUGAUAUGCGUAAAAACGUACUUAGAGAAACUUAAUGUUUAUCAAUAUUUGCGAAGACACUAAUAAGUCUUUAUAAUAAUAAUUUAUGAUUGAAUUGACGCUACGACAAAUUUAAUCAAAAGUUAUUAUUUUUCUGUAAAUAAAUAAAGAAUUUGUAAAUAUUAGGUUAGAUAGUUUAGUUAUUACCUUGGCUAUUGCAAUAAAAACCUUUAUUAAAU